GGGGCGGGGUCUCUGCCGACGGCUCAGGCCCCGCCCCCGCCCCCGCGCGCGCGCCGCUUCCUGCCCGGCGCUUUCCGAAGCCGCCCCACGUGCCGCCGCCGGCUCGGGCCCGCCGCGGAGCAUGGCGACGGGGCAGCCGCUGGCUUUAUUCAGUGUCUCAGACAAGACUGGCCUGGUAGAAUUUGCAAAAUGCCUCAACUCUCUUGGGUUGGGUUUGGUUGCCUCUGGAGGAACGGCAAACUGUCUUAGGGGUGCUGGCCUGAACGUCAGAGAUGUGUCUGAUCUGACCGGCUUUCCUGAAAUGUUAGGGGGACGUGUGAAAACCCUGCACCCCGCAGUCCAUGCUGGAAUCUUGGCUCGGAAUAGUCCAGAAGAUGGAGCUGAUAUGGACAAACAGGGGUUCAGUCUUGUAAGCGUUGUGGUUUGUAACCUGUACCCCUUUGUGAAGACAGUGUCUUCCCCAAAUGUCACUGUACAGGAGGCGGUUGAAAACAUAGACAUCGGCGGAGUAGCCCUGCUACGUGCUGCUGCAAAGAACCAUGCUCGUGUGACGGUCGUGUGUGACCCUACAGAUUAUGCCUCUGUGGCUGAAGAGAUGAAGGCAUCUAGUAGUAAAGACACCUCCUUGGAAACCAGACGUCAGCUGGCACUGAAGGCUUUCACUCACACUGCUCAGUAUGAUGGAGCUAUCUCCGAUUACUUCAGGAAAGAGUACAGCAAGGGGGUAUCCCAGCUUCCUCUACGUUAUGGCAUGAACCCCCACCAGACCCCCGCACAGCUCUACACGCUGGGGCCUAAGCUUCCUCUGACUGUUCUCAAUGGAUCCCCUGGGUUCAUCAACCUGUGCGACGCUCUGAAUGCCUGGCAGUUGGUGAAAGAACUCAAGCAGGCUUUAGGUAUUCCCGCAGCAGCCUCGUUCAAACACGUCAGUCCUGCAGGUGCUGCUGUUGGACUGCCACUGACGGUGGAAGAAGCUCAGGCCUGCAUGGUGCAUGAUUUACACGCAACCUUGACACCUUUGGCAACUGCGUAUGCACGAGCAAGAGGUGCUGAUCGGAUGUCUUCAUUUGGUGACUUCAUCGCUCUCUCUGAUAUCUGUGAUGUCCCGACUGCUAAAAUCAUUUCCAGAGAGGUGUCUGAUGGAAUAGUGGCCCCAGGCUAUGAGGAGGAAGCUCUCAAAAUCCUCUCCAGAAAGAAAAACGGGAGUUACUGUAUCCUCCAGAUGGAGCUUGAUUACGAGCCAGAUGAAAACGAGAUUCGAACCCUCUUUGGGUUGCAUCUCACACAGAAGAGGAACAACGGCGUUAUUGACCAGUCACUGUUCAAGAACAUUGUUAGCAAAAACAAAAAUCUGCCCGAGUCUGCUAUCCAAAAUUUGACCGUUGCCACCGUCGCUGUCAAGUACACUCAGUCCAAUUCAGUUUGCUAUGCUAAGAAUGGGCAGGUUAUCGGCAUAGGGGCAGGCCAGCAGUCCCGAAUCCACUGCACGCGUCUUGCUGGCGACAAAGCAAACCACUGGUGGCUGAGACACCACCCCCAAGUGCUCGCCAUGAAGUUCAAAGCUGGAGUGAAGAGGGCGGAGAUCUCCAACGCCAUUGAUCAGUAUGUCACCGGGACCACCGGCGAGGGUGACGAUCUGGUUAAAUGGAAGGCGCUGUUUGAGGAGGUCCCAGCACAGCUCUCUGAGGCGGAGAAGAAGGAAUGGAUUGGCCAGCUGGGUGCAGUCUCCCUCAGCUCAGAUGCAUUCUUCCCUUUUAGGGAUAAUGUGGACCGAGCUAAACAGAGUGGAGUACAGUUUAUUGCUGCCCCUUCUGGCUCAGCUGCCGACCAAGUUGUGAUCGAAGCCUGCAAUGAGCUGGGAAUAACUCUCAUUCACACCAAUCUUCGGCUGUUCCAUCACUGAUUCCACCAUGGGCUGUCGCAGCCGGUUGCUGUCACUCAGCAUAAGCCAUGACUGUAACUUCACCGGUUACGUCUGGAAACCCAGUCUGCACACGCCGUAGAGUGUCCUUGUGUAGUCAGCAAGCAAAGCCCCAGUUGGUGGCUGCAAAUUAAAGCAAAAAGAAGCUGAUACUUGCAAAGGAAUUUUUCUUUUGAAAAUAAAUACACUGUUCCUGGCUGAA